UUGACCAAUGAUCAAAUUUACGACCAUUUCAAGAGCACAUACGAAGUGCCUAAAAGUGUAAGGCUCUAUACGGAUCCAAACGAACAAAAACCGGAAAUUCCUCAUAUCGAUUUUCACGGCAUACCACCAACGUUAGACGAAAUAAGUAGUCACAUAAAGAGGAAAUCAUCUAAAUCUGCACCGGGCCCCGAUGGUAUCCCAUAUAUAGUCUUUAAAAAAUGUCCAUCGGUUCGUAAACACCUCAUAAAUAUAUACGGCAAAAUCUGGUCAAGGAAGCAAAUCCCGGAGUGUUUCGGGAAAGCAAUUUUUGUCCUCAUUCCCAAAAAAGAUCGAGUUACCGAUCCGAAAGAUACUAGACCGAUAGCCUUAACAAAUACAAUAUCUAAAAUCUUUUUCUCGGUCCUACAAACGAGAAUGACGCGAUUCAUGCUCAGCAACAAGUAUUUUAGGCCAAAUCACCAGAAAGGGUUUCUACCCGGGAUUUCCGGAUGCCUAGAACACAAUACCUUGCUGUCGGAGAGUUUGAAAGAUGCUAGAAAAAGCGAGCGGCAAAUUACAGUUUGUUGGAUAGACUUAGAGAACGCGUUCGGGUCGAUACAACACGAGUUGAUGCUAUUCGCGCUUAGAUGGUAUAACUUUCCACCCUUAGUUAGCGAUAUGAUUGCGUCGUAUUACUCAAAAUUAAAGUUUUCUAUUAUAACUAAAGAAGGCCCUUCAAAAAGUUUGAGUUACAAUGUAGGACUAUUCCAAGGGUGCUGUUUAUCUCCAAUAGUAUUUAAUAUUAUAAUCAAUAUCCUAGUAGAUAAACUUAGCAGCAAUGAGAAAAAAUGGGGGUAUCGGUUUAAGUUCAAUAACAAAUACACGGAAUCCAUUUUAGCCUUCGCUGACGAUCUCGCAAUACUGACACGUCUCCCCAAACACUGUCAAGUACUAUUGGAUGAAGUGGAUAAAUUCUGUGAGUGGACGGAUGGAUUGAGGACAAAACCAAGUAAAUGUCACUGUCUGUGUCUUGGUAGGCGGAAUACAAGAUACACCUCAUACGAUCCGGGACUAUCGAUAGGCGGUCAAUGCGUUUCUACGGUUACGGAAAAUGCACCAUUCAAGUUUCUCGGUCGUAAGAUUGAUAAUAUAGGUCGUACUCCAUCUUUAGAAGGAAUAGUAGAUAGCUUUUUAAAUGAUCUCAACAAGGUAGAUAGCCAGCAGAUCAGUAACGUAAAAAAAGCAUGGAUCUACGAUAAUUACUUAACUUCACGUUUGAAUUGGCCUUUCCUCGUCUAUGAUUUUAGUAAAACCCUUUUAUCUAAAUUAGAUGCAGGCGUCAUAAAGAUGUUGAAGUUGUGGCUCGGGCUCGCGCUAACGGCUGAUUCAUCGGCUUUAUUCAGGGAUCGUAAUAGUUUUGGGAUGAAUCUAAAAAGACCAUCGGAGCUCUACAAACACCUAAGAGUUUCCAAGAGACAUAUCCUGGGAAAAUCCCAUGAUGACGUCGUUACAUCACUCCCAAAAGACAAUGAUGCCCCAGAGCUAGAGUCACGACUUCAAUUCCAUAAACAAUUUAUGAUCGGAGCGCAAAAUAACAGAGUAGGGUUAGGAUCAAGUAGGAAAGUCCAAGAUACGGAUAUAUUGAAGUCUUUUAUUCGGCAAGACGAGAACGAUAAAUACAAGAUCCAUGCAAUGAGUUUAGAAAUGCAGAACGAGUGGUUAGACAUGGGAGAUUUUUGCAUUCCACUAGCACUAAAAUGGCGCACCCUAAUUCAUGACUGGUCGCCAGCCUUGCUAAAAUUUUAUCUCAAUGCGUUCCAGAUGACUCUCCCAGAUCAGAGUAAUUUAGUAAGAUGGGGUAAAGGUACCGAAAAAACUUGCUAUAUCUGCGGAAAGGCAGUUGGAACCGCCAAGCAUUUGCUGGUGGGAUGUAAGGUUCUCCUGGACAGCGGUCAAUACUCGCGUCGUCACGAUAGGGUUUUAGAGAUCAUACGUGAAGCGGUUAGUCUUUCGGUAGCCAGAGCGCAAAGGGAAAUAACCACAAACGAGCGAUCAAUAGGUUUUGUGAGAGAGGGCACCAGGGCUAUAAAAUCAAACGUCAAGCCUUACUCUAUCCUUAAAGCGGCUUCGGAUUGGACUAUCAUGAUGGAUACGUAUGAGAAACAAUACAAAAUCCCCGAGGAUAUUUGUGCGUCGGCCUCCAGACCAGACAUAUUUCUAUAUUCGCGUAUUUUAAAGCGCGUUGUGAUGAUAGAGCUUACGGUGCCUUGGGAAACCAACAUCCCCAAAGACCAUGCCAUCAAGGUCAAUAAGUAUUACGAGCUCACUAACGAACUAACUCGAAAUAGGUUCGUCGUUGAUUUGUACGCGGUAGAGGUGGGAGCGAGAGGUAUAACAGCUAAAUCUCUCUAUAAUCUACUAAAAGACUUGGGCCUGUCCAGAACUAACAUUAAUUCAUUCUUAGAACGUACGUCGAAGGCAGCCCUAGUAGGUUCUUUUCAAAUUUGGUUGGGUAGGGAGAGGAACUUGGACAGUGGAGGUGAGCGUAUAACGCGCGUUAGUUAA